ACUUUAUAUUUUGACCUUGGUGCAUCACUUUCCUUAUUCACAGACACAACCACCGCCGAAUCUUAAGAGAUAUCUAUUGUUGUUUUAAUCUCUUCAUAUUUCUCACUCACUCAUUACUCUUAUUGUUUUUAGAUCCAGAAAUCCAAUCCAAUUUCCUUAACAGUUUUCGGUUACUAACAAAUUCAACUGUUUAUAACGGCCAACGCCGGGAUGGGUGAGGAAGUUAGGAUGACCGACUACCAAGACGACGACGGAGUCGCCGACUGGGAAUUGGGCCUUCCGGCGGCCCACGAUCUCACCCCGCUCUCUCAGCUCUUGAUCCCGCCGGAGCUCGCCUCCGCCUUCAGCAUCUCGCCGGAGCCACACCGUUCCCUUGUCGACGUUAAUCGCGCCUCAAAGAACACUUUCUCCACCCUCCGUACCGGCGUCAACGCCUUCUCCUCCUCCAACCUCAACCCCUUCCAAGACGAGGGAAACGAUCCCGCCGGCGACGACGAGGAAGAGAUCGAUCCGGCCGGUUCGGGAUCCAAUUCGAGGAAGCUCCGGAAGGUCGAUUGUGCGGAGGAAGCGGAUUCUGUGCCGCGCACCGACAGUGCCGCCGCCGUGAAGCGACCGAGGCUUGUGUGGACACCGCAGCUGCACAAGCGAUUUGUGGACGUGGUGGCGCACCUAGGGAUCAAGAACGCGGUGCCGAAGACGAUCAUGCAGCUUAUGAACGUGGAAGGGUUGACCCGAGAGAACGUCGCCAGCCACCUCCAGAAGUAUCGCCUCUAUCUUAAGCGGAUGCAAGGGCUCUCCGCCGACGGACCUUCUUCCUCCGACCACCUCUUCGCCUCCACGCCGGUUCCUCAAAGCCUCAAUGACAGCGGCGGAGGAGGAGCAGGAGGAGGUGGAAGUGGCCACUCCCGUGGGAACGGGCACCUUCCGGUUCCGGUCCCGAUGCAUUAUCCUCCGGCGGCAAUGAUGCCAAUGCCGAUGCUCGGCAUGCCACAUGGCUUUCAUCAUCACCAUGUGUUGCAGCAGAGGGAUUGGUCCUACCCACCACAUGUCACUCCUAAUGAUAAAUGAAUCAACUGAUAGAAUUUUAUUAUCUCCGGUGAUUGAUCUUUGCUUCUAAUUAUUAUGAAUGAAUCAACUUCUAUUAGAAUUUUGUUUUUCAUCUUUUGUAGCACAAUUGUAUCGAGGGUAUUAUCGACAACUUAUAAAUGAGGAAUUACUCUUAU